UGUUCAUUCCUUUCUGUUGCGCUUAUAUAAGCUGAAAUAUAAAUUUACCGUAUCUUGAAUUUUUUUUGUCGCGAGUGUUAGUUCGCCCGUAUAACUUGGAUUUAACGAAGUGCGACUUUUCCGAGUCGAAGUUUACCUCUGCAAAUGAAAAUUUGAUCGUCGCGGUUAAACAGCUCGAUGUAAUAAGUACACGCAUAUCUACAUCUUGCAAUUGAAAGAAAAACAAUUCAAGAAUUCGUAUUGCACCUGCACCUGCGUAUCCCUCUCAUAUUCAAGGUACAUAACGUAAAUAAUUAAUCUAUUCUUUUUUAAAGAAACGAUCGCUGACUGAAGGUUGAACUUGUCUUUCUCCGAGCUGCUACAAUUCGUAGAAAGCCUCUCGAAGUCGUUUUUGUUUGUUAAAUCUCUCCCACUGAAUAAAUUCGAUAAGUCAAAACCGAUAGAACAUGCGAAGAUUUUAGCUCUUCUCUCGAGGCUUGAAUUAUCAAAGUAGCUGUAAUUUGAUACUUCAGUUCCUGUUAUUCAUAUUAUCGCGUGAUAUAUUGAGAGAGUAUGGGUGGGAUGACUUUGACCAUUCGUAACGUUUACUUUAUUUGAAUGGACGAAGGCAGCGGAUUAGUGUCCUGUGAGGAAGAUGAAUAAAACAGUGCACUACGCGUUGGUGGCAUUUUGGGAGAAAUCCGGCUGCAAGAUCGUGACGGAUUGUUAUCCGGUGAAGCAGAAUGCAAUGUACAGGGCGAUCACGCUCAGCACAAUCGACGGACUGAAGACGUUGGAGAAUGAUAAGAUUAGUCUCGAUCGGGGCAACUACACGGUACACGUGCUCAUCGGUGAACUACAUUACGCCUGCCUGACGUUGAAACCGGAUUGUCCUUCGUCAGCAGCCAAGCUGGAAUUCUGUUCCCAGGUGUUCCUCGAGAGAUUGCGAAGCACUUACAGGGAGCUACCGAUUCUGGCUGAUCUCACGAGGGAACUAACCAAUCUAGCGGUCAUCGAUCUCUCGAAACCUCUAAAGGAGAUAGUCCACGAGUACAAUCAACAGAAUGAAAUAGUACCGACGUUAGAGAGAGAACUGGCGGAAGUCCGAAAAACAUUGGUGGAUGGCGUUCAGAAAAUGAUUGACAGGGGCCAGAAGCUCGAUGAUCUCGUUCGAAAGACUGAGACUUUGCAAAUUAUGGCUCGGAAGAACUUUCACGUGUCGACAAGAAGAUCCAGAAAAAAGAACGGCAUCAUUAUAGCAGCGGUGGCGAUCAUACUGAUAUUUUUUGUCACAUCUGUCCUUGUGUUUCUACUGUAUCAAGGGAUUCUCUGAUCAGCCUUGCUGCUUGACAUUGAAAUUGUCCCUAAGAAACAUGGCACCGAUGUGUGAAAUAUACUUACGAAUAAACAAUGUAUUAGACACUUUUGACCUUGUCAAAUAUAUCUUUUCGUGAAUCAACAACCGUUUAGCUUUAAAGCGAUUCGUUACAAUUUGUGGACGGCGUUAAUGACUCGUUAUUUUCUUUUUCGUCAUUUUAUGUCAACACAGAUACGCGCGCGCGAAAAAUCUUCGGUUCCACGCAUUUUCGUUUCAUUUGAAUUUGGAUAAUAGAAACCCGCAUUCGAGCCUGUCAAUAGCUACACCGAUCAGCUUCAUCUUUCGUAGAUUUUUCAAUUCCAUUACCUAGGUACACGAUCGAUGUACGGUUGUAAGAAACAAAGGAUUUUACGAUACUUCUAUAAAUUCGUUUAUCACAAAGAAAUGGUAUUGGUAUUUGUCAUUAGGCGGUAUCGACAAAAUCCACAAUGACUUAGUUGCCAAGCCAAUAUAAACAAUUGAUAGAAUAGCUAUGUAGAUUUUGAAAAAUAAUUCACCUAACGUCGUCACUUUUAUAUGUUUUUCUAUUUUGAAAUUGAUCGGCGUAGCUUGUGAGCUUGUGUUUAUCUGAAUCCAGUUGAAGACAAACACUCGGUGUAAUAAAAGCUCACUGAUUCUCCCUUCUACCUAUGUUCGCAUAACAAAAAUUCAUGUUCAGAUAAGUGGACUCGGUAAACAGAAAUUCUUCAAAUCCACCGAUUCACCGACUGCUUCGCACAACGUACAUUCGACGAUCGAUAGUUUGAAGCAUGUAGCGAAGUUCGCACCGACAAUUUACCAAAUCAUUCACGAAUUCCCAUUGAUAGAAACAUACUUGCGCGUUGAGAUAAUCUUUCUCGAUGGCGUCCGUGGCGGAACUUACGGUGGAUCCCAUCGAGUUCGAAAAGGAUGUCAAACGCAGAGACACACUCGCGGAAGCGACCAGGCAUUUGUAUUUCAUCGCUGCACGCAGGAUACAGGUUAAUGACUCUUGUUCGAAGAUAAUUUCUGUGAGCUUCCGUAAAAGAGGUUUUCUGGUUUUUUACGAUCUCCUGACAAAGAUUCUGUGGUACGCGCGGAAAGAUAACCUCAGGCUCGAUAACCACAACUUGUACGAGAGUUAUCGUUCUUAUCCAAUCUGGGUGCGAGUAGCGCUAAUAAUAAAGCCUCGUGUGUCGUAAUUGUAACUGUACGUCAAGAUAUCGAUUGCUUAAGGUCAAGAUCACGACAUAUCGAUCCAACAAGUCAUCGGCGAGUUCUUCUUUUAGUUUUUUCGUUAUUGCAACUAACGAUAUUGACAAUGAUCUGAGAUUCGUAUCUGGCCACGUUUGCGUAAUUUAACAUUGUUAGUAAAAUUGUUCAAAUUACUAAUCGUUAACGUCAGCAAACUGCCUUUUAUAAUAUCGAUAAAUUCGAUAAUGAAACGAACGAAAUUUGACAAGUGGAUUUUACAAAUUAUAUA